CGCUCUAUCUGCCGGAUGGCUAGCUCUCACACCGAUCCGGAGACGGAGCUCGAAUCCGUGUUCCCACGGGAGGUCGGGCUUUUCACCGACUCUUACUCGGAGAGGAGCCGGUUCUGCUUCUGUGGGCACGAGCUGAGCAUCACGCAAAACUUUGGGUCGCGCCUUGGGGUGGCGGCACGAGUGUGGGAUGCGGCUCUGAGCCUGUGUAACUAUUUCGAGAGUCAAAAUGUGGAUUUUCGAGGCAAGAAGGUGAUCGAACUGGGCGCGGGGACGGGCAUCGUGGGAAUCUUGGCGGCGCUGCAGGGGGGGGAUGUUACCAUCACUGAUUUGCCACUGGCCCUAGAGCAAAUCCAGGAUAACGUCCACGCUAAUGUGCCACCCGGAGGCCGGGCUCAGGCGAGGGCUGGCCUGCUUCAGCCGUCCCAACCAUGGCACACGUUUCACGCGGGCCCCCGGUUGUCAUCUGCCUCCAGCAAGGAGCUCCUCAUGAAGCUGCGGAGGAAAACGGGCUACUCCUUCGUCAACUGCAAGAAGGCCCUGGAGACUUGCGACGGUGAUCUCAGACAGGCAGAGGCCUGGCUGCACAAACAGGCCCAGAAGGAAGGAUGGAGCAAAGCCGCCAAGCUCCACGGGAGGAAGACUAAAGAAGGCUUGAUUGGACUCCUGCAGGAGGGAGACACAGCUGUUCUAGUAGAGGUAAACUGUGAGACAGAUUUUGUCUCCAGAAAUUUAAAAUUUCAACAGUUGGUCCAGCAAGUAGCCCUGGGAACCAUGGCUCACUGUCGGAACCUGACGGGUCAGCUCUCCACGUACAGUAAGGGCUUCCUCAGCUCCUCUGAGCUUUCUGAGCUUGCGGCUGGGCCCGACAGGGAAGGCUCUCUCAAGGAUCAGCUGGCCUUAGCGAUUGGGAAACUGGGAGAGAACAUGACUCUUAAGCGAGCCGCCUGGGUGAAGGUGCCCUCUGGGUUCUAUGUCGGCUCUUAUGUGCACGGAGUGAUGCAGAGCCCCUCCCUCCAGAACCUGGUGCUGGGCAAGUAUGGGGCCCUGGUCGUCUGCGAGACUCCUGAGCAGACCUCAAACCUGGAGGAGGUCGGCCGCCGCUUGGGGCAGCACGUGGUGGGCAUGGCCCCUCUCUCUGUGGGCUCCCUGGAUGAUGAGCCCGGAGGGGAAACAGAGACCAGGAUGCUGCCCCAGCCGUACCUCCUGGAUCCUUCCAUCACACUGGGACAGUAUGUGCAGCCCCAGGGCGUGACUGUAGUCGACUUUGUGCGCUUCGAAUGUGGAGAAACUGAACAGGUAGCUGAGGCCGAAUAGGUUUUUGGCCUAAAUGGAAAUAUUUAAUUUUUACAUCUGGAUUCCUUAUAAAAAGUUAUUUUCUAAACCUCUUCAACCCUCAGAUUUGUUUUUUCUUUUUCAUUUAAGAUGAGGUGGUAUAUUCAUGGGUAAAGUUAUUAAAUGGUGAUGUAAUAAAGUAGAAUCUUCUCAUUUGCAUAA